AUGUCCAUCCCCCCGCAGCUCAUCCGUGUCAAACGCAAGAGGGUCGAAGAGGCACCAGUCCAGUUUCUACAAUUCGAUGCCUCUCAGAAACGCCAUCGCAGUGGUACCUGGGCUUAUCAGCGGCGAGAGCCAACCGCUGAGCCCGUCCGCGCCGACAAGCCCGUCAUCCACGUAUCCCGGCCAGAAGAUGCCUCACCCCCAACCAAGAAGCACCAAGGCGUGCGUCACUCUCUCGACUCGACCGUAGCUGGCCAGUCGGCUUCUGGCGAGGCUGUGGCCGGCCAUUCACCCGGCCAACCCGCUUUGGCGGAGCCGCGCCGCUUUCGAGUCUCGCGCUCGGCGACCCUGUCCGCUGGCAAGAGUCAGGUCCAGAAUGCCGGCGUCUCCAAGCGGGACCGGUAUGCGCCCGCCGUUUUUGUGGAAGGGACCAGAAGAAAAAAGUUGGCUCGCAAGAGUCUUGCAGUGCUGCAUGAAACCGCGGCACAGCCAGUGACGGCUCCUCCGUCCACCGAUGGACCGACUGGUGAUGUCCAACAGAAGGAUUUGAAGCGCCCGGGUGUCAAAAAGAAGGCCACGGCGGACUCCCAAAAAGAUGGCCCGACACACAGGCCGCUUCCAGAGUCCAUCAGAAACAGACAACAUGGCAACAUGGAUAAGAUCGCGGCAGACAUGGACCGAUGGGUCCUGGACGAGAUCGGUGCAAACCUCCACGGCAUGGAGCAGGACAAGCAGCUGGCCCAAAAACCCAGAUUCAAGCCCAAAGCCCCGGCAAAGAGGUUUCACGAACGGCAUCCGGAGUUUGCACAGACUUCUCAUACUCAGGUCGGCGAGUCAACAGACGUCACCAUGACUGAUGCUAGUGACGACGACGCCGAGGAGGACGACGACGACUGGGUCAUUGAGGAAUAUGUCCGAGUCCCUGCGUUGACCAUAUCCAUGGACGUGCCGGCUACAGAUAUAGGCGUUCUGGACCUAGCGGACGACGAGGAUAGUGCCCUCUUGUUCGGUCCGUUGCCGGAGGAUGACGAUGAUGCCGAUGAAGAAGACGAGGAUGAGAACGCUGAGAACCACUACACGGCGGAUUACCCUGAGGAUGAAGUUGACUCAGACGAUGAGUUUGGACGCCACGCCUAUCUCUACCGCAACACUAAUGCCUCGGACGAGGAGGAGUUUGACAACGCACACUACAGCGACGGAGACGAUGACGAUGACGAGGAUAUCAGGCUGAAGGGCAAUGACGAUGACGACGAUGACGUCCGCAUGGCCCGCAUCCGGGCGUACAUGAAACGCCAUUCAGCCUUUCCCUGA